UCCUUCCGGCGCCAGGAAGGACCCCGACGAUGGCGGCGGCCGCAGCCCUUGCGCUAGGGCUGCCGCUGUUGCUCCUGGGGGCGCCCCGAGGGGUCCUCGGCCAGGCCCACCCGCCGCCGCCCGCCCCGCAGGACGCCGAAUUCACCUUCCUGCUGCCGGCCGGUCGCAGGGAGUGCUUCUACCAGGGCGCGCCGGGCAACGGCUCCAUGGAGCUGGAGUACCAGGUUAUUGGUGGAGCCGGGCUGGACGUUGACUUCUCCUUGGAAAGUCCUUCAGGCAGAUUGCUGGUUGAUGAAUACCGGAGAUCCGACGGGGUUCACACCAUUGAGCCUACAGAGGGAGGGGAUUACAAGCUGUGCUUUGACAACUCCUUCAGCACUAUAUCGGAGAAGUUGGUGUUCUUUGAACUGAUCUUUGACAGCGCCCAGGAAGAUGAGGACUUGAACAGUUGGGCCGAAGUGGCAGAACCAGAAGAGAUGCUCGACAUAAAGAUAGAAGACAUUAAGGAAUCUAUUGAAACCAUGAAGAGUCGCUUGGAGAGAAGCAUUCAGAUGCAGGCCCUGCUGCGAGCCUUUGAAGCUCGAGACCGCAAUUUACAGGAAAGCAACCUGAGCCGAGUCAACUUCUGGUCAGCCGUCAAUCUCACGGUGCUCCUGGUGGUGUCAUUUCUCCAGGUGUACAUGUUGAAAAGCCUCUUUGAGGACAAGAGGAGAGUCUGGACGUAGCAGGAGGAGAAAUGGCACCCCAUUUUUACCUACGCGGGGCAGGUAUCCAGAAAAAUGCCAGCUCCCAUAUUGCCAAAGCUCAGUACUGUCCCAAGUGUAGCUGCCAUUUCUGUCAUGAGUCUCUUCACAGAAGGGGUUAAAAUAUCACAGCCAAGGUAAGGGGGGGAUUUGGGGUGGGGAUUGAACACCCCCCACAUCUUGUGUGAUGGUGACAACCUGCCGAAAUUGAGAGCAGGGUGAGGGAGUGCAAGAAUUGGAGUUGUUAGGCAGUACACAACAAGCAAAAACAGCUGUUCUUCAUACAUUUCAAUAGCUCCUCUGUUUACAAUGAAGGGCAGGUGCUUCUCAAUGUAUUACAGCUUGCAGCAGAGUUUGCCUCUUGGCCUUAAAACUUUGAUAUUCUGCGUCAAGACUUCAUCAACAUGUGCCUUAGCAAAAGUUGCUGGCCUGGCUGGAAGCAGCAACGCCCCGACCACUUCUGCUGUUGAGAGGCUCCUAGCCUCUGCUUUUUACAUCUCCCUGCCCUAAGAAGCCCCACAAUACUUAAGGGCAUUAAGAAAACUCUCCUAGUGGCAUUGGUAAUCUUUACCACCCUGGCUUCUGCAUUUGAUUUUCCUCAAAUGAGGAGUAUUGGCACUGCUAAAAAAAGACCCCAGUGGUCAGCAAUCUGCAAAGGGCGGAAAGGCCUGGUUUUGCACUCAUUUGGCGCUAGCGUGUCCCGGUCUAGCAUUCCGAUUUUCAGCAGAAAGCAAGCAGAAUGUGACGAGUUUAUUCCCUUGGGAGGAAAUUAUUGCCUUUCCAAGACCCAACUCUUCAGGUAUCUUUAAAAAAACGUUAGGAACUGUGAACAAGUAAAUUCCUGAUUAUAGAAGGCUGACCUGCAGAGCACAUGAGCUCUUGAAUACAUCUGGUGGAAUUCUUGUUUAUGUUCUGCUCCAUGGGAAUUCCUUACUGGAUUUAGGAUAUAAGAAAUUUCACAUGUAUAACCUGGGCCUAAAUUUACGCAAUGGUGGCAGAUUAGUGUUGUUAUAUAUGCUGUGAUUGAAGCACAUUUGCAUUUAAAGUGGGCGUGGGUGGUGCAUCUUCUCUUCUUCCUGCCACAGGUACGCCAGCAGACUGCUGAGCUCUAAUACUAGUAGAGACAGGCUGGGAGAGGGCUGUGCAGAGCAAGUGAGCAAAGGAAGAAUUUAGCACUGCCCUGACAGUUUACUUUGUGCCCUCACUAUAGACCAGGCAUCCCCAAACUUGGCCCUCCAGAUGUUUUGGGACUACAGUUCCCAUCAUCCCUGACCACAGGCCCUGGUGGCUAGGGAUGAUGGGAGUUGUAGUCCCAAAACAUAUAGAGGGCCGAGUUUGGGGGUGCCUGCUAUAGACAUUAUGGAGGGACUUCUGAAAUACACUCCUGGUACAUUCACUGGAGAUCAAAGUUGAACAUUCAAGAGUAGUUGAUACCCCCCCCCCAACUCCAAAACAGCCUUUCAUUCUUAGUACAUUAACAUUUCCCUGGACGUGGCAGUGCAUUAGCCCAAGCGAACUGUUCAACGCUACUCCAUUGGCUGCUCUUCAGGGCAGGAUGCUGCCAGUGCCCAUAGCUGCAUCCCAGAUCAGCUGGUUCCCGGCGGCAAGAAACAGCUGCGUGUACGCUCACACUAUAAAAAGACUUUUUUCUAAGAUUGUGUAGGCCAUUGUCUUGUGCUUCAAUAAAUGGUCUUUGAAUUGGA